AUGUCUCACUCAAUUAAUACUGAAAAGUAUGCUACGUGGAGUAGAGAGGAAUUAAUUGCCAAACUACUGAAUUAUGAAACCGGUCAACAAAUACAACACGAUUCUAUCUCAACGACAGCCACCACAACAUCCUUAUCAUGUGACUCUGACAAAACUUCAACUUUUAAAAAAAGUAGUAAAAAAAGUCCUCGACCAUUUGAUAUGUCGAAAUAUUCAAAGAGACAUAUUGCACUUAAAUUAGCAUAUUUUGGCUGGAAUUAUCAUGGAUUUGCAAUGAAUGUUAACGAACAAAAAUUUCCAACUAUCGAAGGACACUUGCACUUUGCUCUUAUGAACUCAAAAAUGAUAUUAGAUCCUUCCAAAUGUAAUUUUUCUAAAUGCGGUAGGACGGAUAAAGGUGUUAGCAGUUUAGGACAAGUUGUAGCUCUAGAUAUUAGAUCAAAUCUUCCACAAGAUUCUCCUCAUGUAUUACCAAUUACACCAAUGAAUGAUGGCACUCCCAUCAAGCAGGAUGUGACAAGCACUAACGAAGAUGGUAUUAAGGGAAAGCCAAAGCAGAUUGAAGAAAUUCCUUACAUUGAAACACUUAAUCGUAUGCUUCCAGAUGACAUAAGAAUAAUUGCUUGGGCGCCAGUAAAUUCUGAUUUCAAUGCAAGACAUGAUUGUCGUUCCCGACAUUACAAAUAUUUUUUCGUAAAAAGAAAUUUGGACAUAGAUCUAAUGCGUAAUGCCGCAAAGAGGUUUCUAGGAACUCAUGAUUUUCGUAAUUUCUGUAAGAUUGAUGGAGCAAAGCAGAUUGAUAAUUUUUUACGUACGAUACUUCACGUGGAAAUUGAUCUAGUACAAGAUCAACAAAAUUGCUCAACAGAUGAAUUUUAUGUAUUUGAUUUGAAAGGAACAGCCUUUUUAUGGCAUCAGGUUCGAUGUAUGAUGGCAAUCUUGUUCUUGGUUGGUCAAAAAUUAGAAGAACCUUCUAUUAUAGAUGACCUUUUAGAUAUUAAAAAAACUCCAGCAAAACCAAUUUAUAAUAUGGCUAGCGAGUUGCCUUUGGUACUGUACGAUUGUCAAUAUGACAAUGUGAAAUGGCAUUAUGGUAGAGAUGACAAUAUGUUUAAUACACUUUCUAAGCUUUAUAAACACAUUUAUGAACAAUGGUACGGUUAUGCUACAAAAUCUUUACUCUUCUCAAAAUUAUUGAACGAUCUUGGCGGAAUGUCUUUGAAAAGAUUUAUUCAUCCUGGGCAAGAAUUAAAAAAUCUCCCCAUAAACACUGAACAAACGCUAAAAGAAUUGGUUUCUUCUGAUAUUAGUACGUCGUCUGAUAACUUAUCGAAUAUUAUUACUGGAGGUGGAGGUAAAGAAUUGCGAGUUCGAAAAUAUGUAAAAAUUGCAAGUCGUGAGACAUGUGACUCAGCAGAAAGUAAAAAUGAAAAAUAUAAAGUAAAGAGGAUUAAAUUAGAAUGA